GGCAGCGGGAGAGCAGCAGAUACCGCGCGGUUGGUUAGAGCAUGGAGCCGAGCAGGAGGGGAGCAUGUUGCUCCCUACGCAUCCAGGCGGUCCUGUUGCUGCUGUCUCUGUUCCUGGCCAGGGGCCGGGGCACCGAGCUGGUUUACCGAGUCCAAGAGGAGUCACCGGCGGGGACCUACAUCGGGAACCUGGCCCGUGACCUGAAGCUGAGCGAGCCGGGAGUCACCUAUAACCUGGCGUCGGGCGCCGGGUCCGCCCGCUUCGUGGAUCUGAACCGGGAGACGGGGGAGCUGCGGACCUCAGCGGCGGUGUUGGACCGGGAGGAGCUGUGCCCGGAGCCGGAUGCCGGUACCGGGGGCUCGGCCGAACCGUGCUGGCUCCGGUUCGAUGUCCUGCUGCUACCCCCCCGCCUGUUCCGCCUUCUCAAGCUCCGGCUCCGGGUCGAUGACAUUAACGACCGGGCGCCGCGCUUCCCCGCCUCCAGCCUGGGGCUCUCGGUGCCCGAGAACGCGGAGCCCGGCUCCCGCUACCCGCUGGAGCCGGCGGCUGAGGACCCGGAGCCCGGCCUCAACGGGAUGCUCCGGUACCGGCUGCAAGGGGCGGGCGCCGCCGCCUUCUCUCUGGCCCAGGAGGACGGGGCGCUCCCCGGCAAGCCCGUACCCUUCCUGGUGCUGGAGGUGCCGCUAGACCGGGAGUACCGGGACCGGUACGUGAUGGAGCUGGUGGCGGAGGACCGGGGCAGCCCGUGCCUCUCCGGGACGGCUACCGUGACGGUGUCGGUGACCGACAUUAAUGACCACUGCCCCGAAUUCCCGGAGAGUGAGCUCAGCUUCAGCCUGUACUCGAACUGCUCGGCGGGGACCACCAUCACCCGGCUCCGGGCCCGGGACCCUGACCUCGGUUACAACGCCCACGUCGCCUACUCCUACGGGGAGCGGGUGCCCGGGAGCUCGGUCAGCCUCUUCAGCCUGGACAGCACCUCCGGUACCAUCCGCCUGGCCGCCCCCAUCCCGGGGGACGCCGCCCGCUCCCACCGGCUCACCGUGCUGGCCACCGGCACCGGCUGCGCCCCGGUCACCGCCACCGUCAGCCUGACCAUCAUCCCGGUGAGUUCGGGCCCCCCCGCGCUCGCUGCCCGCUACAUCGCCCUGCAGGCUGACGGCGUGCUCUACCUGAAGGAGACCGAGCCCCUCCGAACCCCCCUCGCCUUUUUCACCGUCACCGAGCACCGGCAGCAGCAGCCGGUCCGCUGUUACUUGCAGGGAGCGGCGGCUACUUUCCGCCUGGCCCGCUACCGCGGCCUCCGGGAUGAGUACCUCCUGGAGACCGCACAGCCCCUGGAUUACGAGCUCCAGCGGCGCUACGAAGUGGCAGUAGUGGCGGAGAACUCCAACAAAUUGGCCCAGAGGGUCCACCUCCAAAUCCAACUGAUCGACGAAAACGACAACCCCCCCAUCUUCAGCAGCCCCUCGGUCCAGGUAUUCAUAGAGGAGAAUAACCCCCCGAACAGCUUCCUGGUCAAACUGAGAGCCACAGAUGCUGACAGCGGAGAAAUGGGCAACAUCACCUACCUGCUGGGCCCUGGGGUGCCUCCCAUCUUUGCUGUCGAUCAGUUCAGCGGAAGCUUGUCUGUGUCAACCAGCUUAGACAGAGAAGAGCAAGACAGGUACAGGCUCACCAUCAGAGCUGUCGAUGGUGGGACACCAUCCCUGGAAUCUACCGCCACUGUUCUCCUCACCAUCCAGGAUGUCAAUGACAACAGCCCCAGGUUCAUCAACAAAGACUUCAAUUUCUUUGUUCCCGAGGACUACCCAAGUUUUAGUGAGAUUGGAGUAAUUGGGGUUAUCGAUCCUGAUGCUGGGACUAAUGGCUGGGUGGCCUUGUCUAUUCUUAAUGGUAGUGAGCACUUUAUGAUUGACACAGGCAAGGGAAACCUCAUGGCAAGUGUCCCCUUGGACAGGGAACAGCAAAGCUCCUAUAUUCUUUGGAUUCAAGCUACAGACGGAGGAGAACCUGCUCUCUCUGCGGUUGCUAAAGUGACAGUGCUUCUAAUAGAUGUCAACGAUAACCCCCCAUUGGUCUUGUUCCCUCAGUCUAACCUCUCUUUUCUCUUGGUCCUCCCGUCCACGGUUCCUGGGUCUUCCAUUACUGAAGUGUAUGCUGUUGAUAAAGACACGGGAAUGAAUGCUGUCAUCGCUUACAGCAUCAUUGGCCACAGAGGACCCCGUCCAGAGACUUUUGUCAUUGAUGCAGGCACUGGUAACAUCACGCUACAUGAAGCUUUGGUGAAGAAUGAUCAUGGAUUGUACAGACUGCUGGUCAAAGUCAGUGACCAUGGGCAUCCAGAACCACUUCACAGCUCAGUUAUAGUCAACCUUUUUGUUAAUGAAACAUUAAGCAAUGAGAGUUACGUAGAAAAUCUACUGAGGAAAGAUCCUGGCAUCAGGAUAGAGGAAAGUCUACCAGAGACAAGAACUGACCCUUUUCAAACAAAACUAGAUGUAUUUCCAUGCGAGACUGUCUUGAUAGCACUAUCAGUUUUAUGCUUUGGACUCUUUGCCUUAGCUUUUGCAUUAGCCUGCUACAUUUCAUUUAGAAAAGGGAAGCACAGGAGAAAAAAGUACGGUGUGACAGAGGUUGAGAUUCCACUAAAGAAGACGCUGGCUUUAUAUUCAUUGGAGAAAAAGUCAUUGAAUGAUUUAGAUCUAUAGGUGGUAUGAUACAACUGAUCAACUUAUUUGUUUACAAGUAAUACCUGGACAAUACUUUGAAGCUACCAACAUUUUUUGUGUUAUAAAUGUGUUUGGUAUGAAGAACUUCUAAGUUGCAGUGUUCCAAUCUGAUUAGCUAUUGAAUAUUACGCAGUAUUAUUUAUAGAUCCAAACUGCAUAAUUUGGAGUAAGACUAACAUUUUCUUUACAAGACUAAAUAUUUUGUUAAAAGGCAUAAACUUGCACAGCUGGGUCUGUGCUUGAUCCCAAGACUUUGUUUCAUAAAAACAACAUGGCUGGACCUUGAAGUCUAGAGAAAUGAAACAGAAAAUCCAAGACGAUUGCUGCUUCAUUCUUUGGCUAACCAAGAGACCUCCAGCAAAUAAGGUUGCCUUCAGCCAGAAACUUUGAGUGAAGCUACAUAAAUAAACAAUGCAGCAAUAAUGAAUAUGUAACUUCACUAGAUAUUAUCCUGAGAAUGUCACUUCUUUCCCUACACAUGUCACUUUCUGACACUAAGUGAGCAAUAGUGAACUAGAAAGACUGUCACUGGACAAAAGAAAAACACAAGCAACUUGAAAUAAGUGAUUAAUUGGUCUUGUUUGAUUUUUAUCCAUCUGGAAUAUGGGAUUACAAUUUAAAUAGUAUGCAAUUACGUGAGAAGAUUAUGAAAACAAACUAUUUGUGUAAAUUUCUUAAUUUCUGAGCUUGUUUGUAUAUGUUCUGCAGCUAAAGGAAAAUUCUUUGUAAAUGGCUAUUUAUUUUUGAA